GCCCCCCCUUUCCUCGGCACGGCCAGCGCUGUGAUUGGACGGCUUGGCCCGAGGGGGCGUGGCUUGGGGACUUACACCUGCGUCCCAGCGCGCGCCCCUUCAUUCGUUCUCGGACCAGCCAUGUCGCUCUUUCGGCAACAGAGCUUCCUCUUCCUUUCCUGGGCGCUGCUUGUUCUGGCAGCAGCGGAGGAGGUUUCCCAGCCGGGCUUCGUCGGAGGAUGGCGGGACCGCUCCGUCUCCGACCCCGAAGUGAUGAAAGCGGCGGCGUUCGCCGUCCAAGCCUACAACGAAGCCAGCAACAGCCGCAUGUAUUUCAAGGGGCAGCGGAUCCUGGAGGCCAAGAGUCAGGUUGUGGCAGGAAUUAAAUACUUCCUGACCGUGGAAAUGGUGAGCACAAUGUGUGAAAAGAAAGGCGGGUCUGGUCUGGAGAAAGUUGACCUGGAUCACUGCAAGAUGCCUCCGGAGGGAGAGCAGAAGAAACAAGUCUGCAACUUCCAGGUCUGGUCCCGUCCUUGGCUGCAGGAUACGCAGUUGCUGCACAUGAGUUGCUCGGAGAUGACUUCCUAAGGGAAUGCCCAAGACGGAUCUGCUCCAACCCGCUUUAUGAAUCACUGCUAGCGUAGUUUAGGAGGAGAGGUUGCCAGAAUCCGCACUGGCGGCCGGGCUUAGGUGGGCUGCCUUCUGCAGGCAAGCAAGUGCGCUCUUUGCACUCCUUUGUGCAGAACAGAAUCAGAGAAGGAAUCCGGUUUUACCUCAUUGGUGAAAAUACUGGGCUAUGCCACUGAAGUGUAUCAAAUUCAUCCGUGCUUAAAUUGCAAUUUUCCAGGACUUUCCCAUUAUGCACUGGCCCAGUUAUUGUGAGUGGAACACAAUGCUUCUCCAUAAAAUUACGAGAGUAGUCCCGUUUUGUCCCAACAGCAUGGAUACUGGGCUAUGCCAUUGAAUUGCAUCCAAUUCAUUCAAUGUUUAAAUGGCAUUUUUCCCAGAAUCUUGAAAUUAUGCCAAAUGGUUCCAUGCUUCUCCAUAAAUUUUCAUGUCAUCCUCCCACCUUGGAAGAAAUGCAUACUAGUAGGGAGGAUAUGUAUGUAUGUAUGUAUAUAUAUGUAUGUGUGUGUGUGUGUGUGUGUGUGUGUGUAUAUGUGUGUGUGUGUGUGUGUGUGUGUGUGUGUGUGUGUUAUAUAUAUAUAUAUAUAAAAGCAGCUGGCUCAGAGAAGGAAAUGAAGGUAAGUCCUUAUAUGGCUGACAAUUCUCCCUUCUCUUCUCUGCAAAACUAUGGCUGGUUGCUUUUUCAUCCUCUAAAUUGGAAAACCUUGGAGCAAUUUGGAUGGGUGCAAAAACCUAUAAAAUAGCCCAUCCUAAAAAAAAGAAAAGAAAAGAAAAAUUGGAUUCUUUUAAAUGCAUACAUGCCCCUAGUAGGAUCAUGUUGCAAAAUUUGUAUGGGUUGGAGGAGAUCUGCAACCAAGAUCCCCCUAUUUUGAUUUUUUUCUUGCACAUGGCUUCUUCACAUCUUCCUGAUUUGUCUGUCUUUCCUUGCAAAUAAAGAGAUUUUAAUUCCUC